AAUGUUUGGAGCUCUGAGUGACUCCAAGCUCAUUGGAACUUAUCUCUGAAAACAAUUUAGAGGCCGCCCAUAAACCUGAAAUUCAACUUUCCCCAUAUGAUUUGCUGCCAUGCCAAACACAGGAGGACAAUAAUCUUGUUGUGGAAGACAAUGUGUGAAAAGUAACCGACUUUUCUGAAAAGAUUUAUACUCUCUAAGCAGCGCGUGAGGGUGAGGCUCUCCAAUUGCUGUCCAAAUUAGUCUUCUGUUGUUUGACCUGUGCAAACUGCUGACCCGAAUUUGUUUUCUUCGUUGUACCUGUCAUCUACAAUUCAGAGCCUUAAAUCAACCAAAAAUAUGAAUCGUUUUGGUAUUUCCAUGUGAGAACUGUUAAAUUUUAGUUUUGAUACAAUCUUUUCUUAUGUAUGAUAUGCAACAGUCUGCAGAUCUCCUUCGAGCUUUCUAGGUAUCUUAUGGAAAGCAAGUUAAUCCCCUCAUUGUUAAAGCGGAUGGAAAGCAAGGAGGUCUCCAUUCUGAGAUCAGAGGACCACCAUGAUGUUGAGAUGGCGAUGGUCUCUGGAGGAAAUGUUGCUAAUUUAGUGGCACCACAAAUACCUUGUGAUUCUGUUUGUGCCUUCUUGAAACAAGAAAACAAUACAUCGGAAUCAGAAGAACGAUCUAAAUCGGAAGCAAAACUUUGUGCACUCAUAAUUUUCUACCUAAUAGCAAUGGUGGUAGAGAUUGUUGGUGGGGUUAAAGCCAACAGUCUAGCUGUUAUGACCGAUGCAGCUCACUUGGCGAUGGAUGUUGCUGGAUUCUCCAUCUCUCUCUUUGCAGUCUGGGCUUCAGGUUGGGAGGCAACGUCACAUUACUCUUUCGGAUUCCAUCGUCUUGAAGUUUUGGGAGCCCUUAUAUCAAUGCAACUAAUAUGGUUAGUAUCUGCUUGCUUAAUUUAUGAAGCACUUUACAGAAUGGUUCAUAAAUGUGCAGAGGUGAAUGGGGCACUCAUGUUUGGAGUUGCAGCAUUUGGAUUUAUCAUCAAUGUAAUUGUGAUCAUUUGCCUUGGUCAUGAUCAUGCUCAUCAUGUUUGUGGGGACAAAGAUCAUGAUCAUGAUAAUCAUCACCAUCAUAAUCACCAUCAUCAUCAUCAUCAUCAUCAAGUUGAGGUAGAAACAAUAGGUUUAGUAGCUGAAGGUGAUAGAAACUCAAAUAACCUGGUGAGUUCGCCAGCGAAGAUGAAGAUAUUAAACAUAAAUCUCCAAGGGGCUUAUUUGCAUGUCAUGGCCGAUCUAAUUCAAUCAGUCGGGGUGAUGAUCGCAGGGGCAUUUAUGUGGUUAAGACCAGAUUGGUGUGUUGUGGAUCUUGUCUGCACAUUUAUAUUCUCAGCGUUUUCUGUUGCUACUACGAUUCCGAUGAUUAGAAAUGUAUUUGGCAUAUUGAUGGAGAGGACACCAAGUGAAAUCGAUGUUGGUAGGCUAGAAAGGGACAUAAAAUGUAUCCGUGGAGUUCAAACUAUUUAUGACCUGCAUGUUUGGGCGAUUACAACCGGGAAACUUGCAUUGUCUUGCCACGUGAUAGCUGAGCCUGGAGUCAACUCUAGUCAAAUACUUGAUAAGGUCAAGGAUUAUUGUAAGAAAAUACAUAGAAUUCAUCAUGUGACUGUACAAAUUGAAUACUAGUCAAAAGGUUCCUCAGUAA